AUGACCGAAGAGUAUGCAAAUACUGCCCAGGGGAAGGCCACGGAGCAUAUUGGCCUGUACCAGAUUCAGCCAUACCUGGAUCCCUUGCUACGGUCUGGGUGGUGGAACAGCAUGGAGACCACAUCAGUCCGGCAUCCACUGGCAGGCUUAAAGAUCGUCGACUUCACAAGAAUCGUUGCCGGGCCUUCGAUCAGCCGCAGCCUCGCUGAGCUCGGUGCAAGUGUAAUGCGCGUGACGGGCCCACACAUUGCCGACUUUUCUGGCCUACAUCCUGACUUGAAGUGGGGCAAAUGGAACUGUCACCUUGACUUGUGGAAGACCGAGGGUAAGAUUAAGUUGAGGGAUCCUCUAUGGGAGGCUGAUGUCGUUGUCAACGGCUAUAGGCCUUUCGUACUGGAUAAGCACGGCGCCGCCUACGAGGAUGUGUUCCAGAUCGGCAAAGAACAAGGUCGAGGAUUCAUCUACGUUCGUGAAAAUUGCUACGGCUGGGCUGGGCCACGGUCUAGACGCAGCGGAUGGCAGCUGAUCAGCGACGCAUGCUCUGGAGUGUCAAUGGGUUUCGGGCGUGCCAUGGGCAACGAGGAAGCCGUCACUCCAGUGCUGCCUAAUCCCGACUAUUGUACAGGGGUUGCAGGCUGCUGCGCAGUCCUACAAGCCCAUGUGCUUCAAGCAAAAUAUGGAGGCUCGUAUCUCAUCGACGCAGCUUGA